AUGGAUGACCACCACGCCGAGAAGCCGCCUGCCAUUGAACGAUCCGACUCGUCAUCCUCGUCGUCGAUGGACCAACCCCUCGACCAGCCCGAAAUCCAUGCUCCGAUACCCGUCCGGCCAAGGCUGCCCAGCCGCAAGAGUAGCGGCACCAUUAUCGUCCCGCGCGACUCGGACGCGGUCGGCCCCGUCGAGACGAGGCUCGAGCCCGGCGAUGUUCGCGCAAUGAGCCCGAGGCGCACGAGCGAGGACAUUGAAUCGAUUGGGCGCGAAGCUCGCGACGAGCUGAGGAGGCAUGCUAAAGCCCUACAAGAAUCCCUACUCACCAUCUUCAAUCGGAUCGAGGCGGUCAAGGAGGAGCAUGACAAAUUGGACAGCAACAACAAGUUCCUGCAGAAGUACAUUGGCGACCUGAUGAGCACGAGCAAGAUCACCGCUCCCACCAGCAGCAGGAGUAAGAAAUGA